AUGAAUGCAAAGGAGGGAACUGCCAAAACCACAACUGCGGAUGCAACUGCAGUGGAGGAGGAAAAUGCCAACCUGACCAAUGUACAUCUAAUAACUGCCAAUGUUGUAAAGAUAAGGGUGGUACUAUUUCGGCUGAUACUGGAUAGGGAGUGGAAGAACAUGACCAUGAAAGCAUUUAGUAGUAAAUUCAAAGAAAUAGCUCAAAAGGGAAUUAAUGUAGCCACACUGUUUUAA